AUCUUUCCUCGUCCGAGUUGACAGAGGUUCUCUCUCUCCCCGCCCUCUCUCUCUCUCUCUCUCUCUCUCAAUAUAUAUAUAUAUAUAUAUAUACACACCUACCAAAUUCAAGCGUAUAUAUACACACAUAUAUAUUAUAUAAGUGGUAUAUAUGGAGAAAUUUAACUUCCUAAGAGACGGAGUUAUAAGAUUGCCUCCUGGUUUUCGUUUCCAGCCAACGGAUGAAGAAAUUAUAUUUCAAUACUUAAGACGCAAGGUCUUUUGCUGCCCUCUUCCUGCUUGUAUUAUUCCUGAGAUCAAUGUCUGCAAAUAUGACCCUUGGGAUUUGCCAGGUGAUUUGGGACAGGAAAGGUACUUCUUCAGCAACAAGGAAGCAAAAUAUCGAAAUGGGAAGAGAACCAACAGAACCACAAAUUCUGGGUAUUGGAAAGCAACUGGUUCUGAUAAAAGAUUUGUUUCUUCAAGAAUGAAUCAUAUUGUGGGAUUGAAAAAAACUCUCGUUUUCCACAGAGGAAAGCCUCCUCAUGGUUCAAGAACUGAGUGGGUCAUGCAUGAAUAUUCACUUAUUGAUGCUGCAGGAUCUAAAACUUGCACCAAAACUAUGGAAAUGCAUGCCCAGAAUUCCCUGAACCAAACAGAAAAUUGGGUUCUGUGUCGAAUAUUUAUGAGGAAAAGAAAUGCAAAGGAUGGAGAGGAAAUUACUCAUGAAAACAAUUUCAAGGACUACAACAAAGCUGGACAAGUUGGGGUUGAGCAGCCAAGAUUAUUAAUAUCUAACUUUGUGAUGGGUUGCAAGAAUAAUGGUCAUUUGGGUCCCGAUCAAAUUUCUUGUUCUUCAUCUUCUUCUAGUUCUAGUAGUAUAACUGAGAUUAGUGAAGUGUCUUCAAGUGAAGCAGAUUGUCAUGAAGAAAGCAGUACCAAUUUUUGAAAUAUUAUUUUCUGCUUAAAUGGGACAACAAUAAAGCAAAGCAACUUCUCUCUUUGGUUAAAGAUGUUCAUGUCUUGUCUCUAAGACCAACAUGUCUGCUAAAGGAAUUAAAAUAAAUAUUAUUGAAUUAAGAAAAUGAAUCCUCCACAAACUAUAUUAUUAAGCAAAUACAAAGAUCAUUAGUGAAUGUAAGUGAUGGAUUUUCAGUAAAUUUACUUUUGGAGAA